CCAAUGUCCAUGAUUGUCAUAUGACCAGUGUCCAGUAACACCGAGCAGCAGGUGACUGGGUAAAGAAGUAAAAUUACGGGGAAGUUGAACAGCAUUUAAAGGGGAAUGAAGUCCUUGUGGAGUCUGUUGUAUGUGGUUUAUCUCGUUGCAGGCGUUUCUGGGACUGGAGAAGUAGUUUUCUUACACUCUCCAAAAAGUAUUGUUUUCAAAGGUCAUGAAGUUAUUGACCAGAGCUUACUAAAACAAGUUCUUGCAUCAAGUUUUGGCUUUACAAUCUCUAAGGGUAGUGACUGGAAUGGCUUAGUUUUAAAAGACCCAUUCCAUUUAGCAGAAGCAGCAGUGGUUGUUGUAGUGGAUGGAGUCAAAUCUCUGGGAAGCAUCAAAGGACACUCAUUUCCAGUCAUAAGUGAUGAAGAUGAAAGUGUUGGAUGGCAGAAGCUCAAGGAAAAAAUUGAAAUGAGAUAUCCUGGCUUUAACAAUACCCUACAGCGCAUUGAUUUGGCUGAAGUGAGCACUGCUUCUGAUGAAGAAACUGAUCUGUUGAAUCCAACUGACUUUCCUGUUACAUAUCUUGAUGAUAGCAACACUGAAGAUGUGGAAUUUCUCAGACAGCUUCAUCUGCUGAAUAAUUUGGGUGAAAAGGAAUACGUAGAAAAUGAUCUGAGAGAUGGGUUGCCAGACCUGUAUUGGAUUGUGUUCUCCGGACUUCAUCCUGUCAUUGAUUUGCAUGGAGAAGACUCUCCUGCAGCUGACGAGGCAAAGCAGCUACUUAGAGAUGCAAUAAUUCAUUUGAAAAAAGGAUUUAUUAACUCAUAUGAUGGUCAGGUUAUAGUAGCAGCAUUAACAAGUGAUGUUAGCCACACUAGGAGAGCCCGCCAGAUAGCGGAACCAGCAGACCUGCCAGUCAAUUGGACCAAGCCAAAGAAUCUUUCUAAGGAUUACUCAGAAAAUUAUCCAGUAAUAUUUAAUAUUAUUCUGUGGUUCAUGGUCGCAUUUGUGUUCUCUUUGAUUGCCAUAUCAACUGCUAUUUCUACUAUGGACCCUGGACGUGAUUCCAUUAUUUACAGAAUGACGAGUAAUCGUAUGAAGAAAGACAAUUAGGAUAUUUGUGUCAUUCCAUUUUCAUAAAAAUGUCAUACAGUUAGCUAUUGAUAAAGGUGUUGGAUUUAUUACUGUUGUAAUAGACGAGUGAAUGGAAUAUGGGAGCGAAAAAAAUUAGUUGUAAAUAUAAUGUAGAUUAAACAAUUUGUUCUAUGUGUAAAAUAUGUUACCAGUUUUGUAUGCACAGUAUCCACAUGGAAACUGAAUACCAGUAUUGUUCAUCAUAUAUUGUUUGUGUACAGUGUUAAAAUUUGUAAUAUAUGCUUUUACUAUUCUUUAAACUAUUUAUUUGUAUAGUAAAUUAAGAUAUAAGAGCUGUUCAUCAAGAUAUUUGUAUUUGAUAUGUAGUGUUGCGACUUACAUGGGAAGAAAAGAAUGAGAAUAAAGUAAACAAACAAAUCAUAAGUAAA